GACCACUGGACCGAUGACACAGAGACAACACACUGCAGUCUGGGAGCAACUCCAAAGCUGAUGGGCCUGCAGUCUGAGUGGAGCACCUGAUUCGUUGCUGAUUGUUGCUCUGUCUCUCAACAAUAUGGAUUGCAGAUUUCCCAAUCUAACCAUUGUGACAACUGGAAACUGUGCAGCAGUCCAGUUUGGACAGGACAACAUUCUCCUUGGAGAAGAACAACCAAAUAUUGAAAAUGUACAAAUAUCCAGGAUUGUUCCUCUACAGAGGAAAAUAUCAGAACACCACGUCACGGUGAUCAACUUAACUGGCUUACAUGAGACUGAACUUCACCUGGACCCUGCUAAUGAUAUCAUUGGUCAACUUGUGCAUGAAAACAAAAUCAACACUUUCAUCUUUGUAGUGCGACUGGGUCAGUUAACAGAUGCUGAUAAGAUGGGUCUUGAAUGGCUUCAGAAAGUAUUUGGUGAAGAAGUUCUUCAGUUUGCGAUGAUUCUCUUCACCUAUGAAGCAGAAGAGGAGUGUGACACCAUAACAGAUGAUCUGAAGAAAAACCCUUUAUUAGAGCAACUGCUGGAGAAAUGUGGAGGAAGAUAUCACACCUGUUCCAAGAUCAUGAACAACCAAUAUGAGAUGAGAGAACUGAUGAAGAAGAUUGAGAAUAAACGGCAGCACUACACUGAAGAGAUGUACAACACAGCAAGAGAGAGAGAAGCCCUGCAAAAUAAUGAAUGUCAAAGUGAUGAACCUGCAAUCAAUAAGGACAUCAUGGAUCCCACCACAACAACAGAAACAGAAGAAAAACACAAAAUAACUGCUGAAGAGCAGACAACUGAAAUUGAGGGACCAUAUGAGCAUGGAGAAAAAGAAAAGCUUACAAGGUCAAAAGCACUCUUUCUCAGACUUCACCUUGACAAGCAUGACUACAAACUGACAGCCGCAGAUGUUCUUCAGUUAUCUGCACAUUCGUUACAGUCCAAUGAGUCUUGUGCUGAAGAGGACCUGAUUCAGAUGUUCAUACACAAACUGCUGAUGAUGGACUAUAAAGCAAGAUGUAUUAAUGUUAAGACUGAUGAGGAAGGUCACAGUGAUUCAUUUAAACAAGAAGCUGAUUUUGAUGAUUUUUUUUCCGAAUCAAUUUCAGACCACAAAUCGAGUAAAACUGAUCCUAUCCAUCCAAUGGAUGUUCAGAUGGCUGCGUUUUAUUGUGCUGAUAGUUUCCUGAAGCAGCUGAUGGUGACUAAACUGUCUCAGUGUCAGUAUGCUCUGCCUCUCCUUGUUCCUGAUCCAUUUACACAAGAGAUUGAGUUUCCUCUCUGGACAUUCAGACAAAUCAACAAGAGCUGGAAAAUGAAGGAUGCAGACAAUGAGAUCAUCAGUCAUAUCCAGCCGGUCUUCAAGGCACAAACUCCAAUGGUGUCUUUCUUCAGGUUUGGCUCUGUUUCCUCAUCCAAGUCUCAGCUGAUGAGCAGUCUGAUCAAUGAGAAACACAACACGUUCUUCCACAGGAACUGCCCAGGAAGCAGCAGAGCCAGAGUCCUGAUGGAUGGAGUGGUGGAGAUCACCUGGUUCUGCCCUGCUGGGAAAAACACGGAUAAAUUCAAUGAAUGCGUUGCAUUCUGUAACCUCCACGGUGAUGCAGCAGACAAUGAGAAACAGCUACGGAUUCUCACUGAAAUGGCCUCAGUCAAUGUUGUUCUUCUACCACAACUUCCUAGGAAUGACAAAAGAAUGAAACAAGUUGAAAAGCUCUUUAAUGACUUAAAACCACUCAUUUGUCUUUUUGAUGAGAGGGAUUCAGCUCUCACGGAGACACGGAGAGGAAAAUACAAAAUUGGUUUGAAAAACAGAAGCCAGUCAGAUAUAUCUGAAGAACUCAGAAGAGCUAUAAAUUAUUGUUUCUCAUUAUCAUCUUCCACUUUCAUUCUUGAAGAUGUGUCCAAACUCUCAGACAUCAUAGUAGAUGAGAAAAAUAAUGACGACUGCAGGAGCGGAAAAGAAGCAGCGCAGAAGAUGAUGGGAUUACUCCGGAAUAAAAAACUGUCUGAAAUCAAAGAAUCAGUUCUGCCCCAUCAGGGGAAACUGUGGCAUCAGUGGUGUCAGAAGAACAAAGAACUACAUCGACCUCAACCUAAUGAAUUAGACACAGAGCAGAGUAAAAAAAAACGAGAACUGAUGAAAAUCCGUGAACAGCAGCAUGAGUAUGACAUCAGUGAGUUUAUAAAGAUCUUCAUUAAAGAAACAAACUCAGGUUCUGCAAAAAAGAUGUUUUUCCUUAAAUGGCUUGGAAUCCUCAUGGAUGAAAAUACCUCAGCUGACCUUUUUGGUCUUCAUCAGAAGUAUAAUGAACAGUGGUCAGCAGUAUUAAAACUGAAAGAGAACAAUGAUAAAUCUGAACAGUUUAAGACUGAACAAACUAAAUUUGAGGGAAUAUCUGAGGAACUUCAAGCUGCAGCGUUUGGCUUGGAGCACAUCAUGAGGGAGAUUGGCCAGAUAUAUGAAUCAUGUAUAUCUGUGCAGAAGAUCAAGGAAGGCCUGGAGUUUGAGAUCUCUUCUAUGCCGAGUCUUGCAGCAGAGAUGAUGAUCUCUGGAUUUCCACUGGAGCUGAUGGAUGGAGAUGCUGGUCACGUUCCUGUGAUCUGGAUUACUGCUGUUCUAGAUGAACUUAUCAAGAAACUUGGAGACAUGAGAGUCUUUGUGAUAUCAAUUUUAGGGGUUCAGAGCUCUGGUAAAUCCACCAUGCUGAACGCCAUGUUUGGACUGCAGUUUGCGGUCAGCGCUGGAAGGACCACCAGAGGAGCUUUUAUGCAGCUGGUCAGAGUGUCAGACGAAAUGAAAGCACAUCUUAACAUGGACUAUAUUCUGGUUGUAGAUACUGAAGGUCUUCGUAGUUCUGAAAUGGCUGUAAGAUCAACAAGACAUCGUGACAAUGAAAUGGCCACAUUUGUUGUUGGUCUUGCAAAUUUAACACUGAUCAACAUCUUUGGAGAAAACCCAGCUGAGAUGCAGGACAUUCUUCAGAUUGUUGUUCAGGCCUUCCUGAGGAUGAAGAAGGUCACACUGAAUCCCAGCUGUGUGUUUGUGCAUCAGAACGUUUCAGACGUCACAGCUGGAGAGAAAAACAUGGAAGGAAGGAGACGACUGCAGGAGACACUGGAUAAGAUGACCAAACUCGCUGCUAAAGAGGAAGUCUAUGAUGCAGAAUGUUUCAGUGAUGUCAUUGAAUUUGAUAUAAGGAAUGAUGUGAAGUACUUUGCUCAGCUCUGGGAGGGCAACCCACCCAUGGCCCCAACAAACCCCAACUACUGUGAGAAUAUUCAAGAACUGAAGGAAACUAUUAUGUCUCAUGCUCCUAAAUCAGACAGAAUGAAGCUGAUAGACUUAAAAGAUCGCAUUCGAGAUCUUUGGGAGGCAUUACUGGAUGAACGAUUUGUGUUCAGCUUUCAGAAUUCUCUGGAGAUCGCAGCAUACAGGAAACUGGAGACAGAAUACAACCAGUGGUCCUGGAAGCUUCGGAGUGCCAUGCUGGAAAUUGAGUACAAACUACACAACAAAAUAGAAAAUGAAGAAGUUGAUGAGGUCAAGGAAAGUGAUCUUAAAGUAGAACUAAAAGAGAAAAGUGAGGCAGUGAAAAGCUCAAUGUCAGAAUUCUUUGAGAAAGACACAGAUGCUGGAAUACUGAUUCAAUGGAAAAAUAAUUUUGAGAUAAAGAUCCAAGAGCUUCAAGAAACCAUCAUAAGAGAAACAAAUAGGAAAUUAAAUGGGAUGCUUCAGCGGCGAGACUUGAAGAAGAAGAUUGAUUCUCAGAGGACACAUUAUGAAAACACUCUCUUUGAAAAGAGCAAAGAACUUGCAUUAAAACUCAAAGACGAAGCAAAAGAUGAAGAAACACUGAAGAAAGAGUUUGAUUUGUUUUGGACAGAGUGUGUGAAGAAGAUCAUCACAGACACUCCAAUCAAAGACAUUGACAUACUGAGAGAAGUGAAACUACUCCUCGGUGACAUCUAUAAAAGUGCUCCUGUAGACCCCUGGAGGGAGGGCAGUGAGUGCAGGGAUGUUUUUUCUCUGCAAAGUUAUUCAGAUUAUGUACAAUUAAAGAAAUCCAGUGGAUAUACAAGACAUUUAAAAAAUGUCAUUAAUGCCGCUAAAGAGAAGUUUGGUAAGACUCUCUCUAAAGAGGAUGAAAUUCAAAUAACAAUCUUUGUCACAGAUGUUGCCCAGCAAAUAGACAAAAGGAUCAUGUCAUUUAACAUAGCAAAAAUGGGCUUCAACGUCAGCUGCAUUCAACAACUCGUAGAUUAUAUCAAGGCAAGAGUAAGAGAACACCAAGAAGGGUCAGUCAACUAUGUGUUCAAGAAUGAAUUUUCCAUCGACUUUAUUUGCUCCAUCUUUAAGAGAGCAAACAAAACAUUCACUCAGCAACACAGACUGUUUAGAGAAGCCAAUGACCCGGUUCUCUUUUUGGAGAAGAAGAAAGAAGAGUAUUACAGUAUUUUCCAGAAACACCUCCAAGGAGCUGCAUCAUCUGUCAUUUUUGGUGAGAUCUUGUGUCAGAAACUUAAAGAGCGCAUUGAGCAGAGUGUCUACACAAAGUCUGCAAGAGAUUUGAUAGAUGAUAUUAUAAGAAAAUGUAGAUCAUUAAAUGGAAGCAGAAUAAAUCUGGAGAAACACAUCCUGAAGUUUCUAGCAGAAAAGGAGAAUUUUUCUGCAUACAUGGACUACAUUAAUUAUCCAAGAGAGCACUUUGAGAAUUUCAUCAGAGAUGAAGUCAGUGAAUACAUGACUCAUAAUUUCAGUGACAGUGUUUUGCCCAAGAUGCAGAAGAACAUUGAACUCCUGCAGAAGAUGAUCAUGGAUGCAGUACACAAAUCUACUGAACAUGUUCAAACAAACAGUGGAAAUGUUGAUUUGUGGUUGAAGACUUUCACACAGCAGCUCUCAGAUGUUCUGAUAUUCUCUAAAAAAGACCUCAUUGGAGUCAAACAUGAUGAUGUCGAUGAUUUCAACCUUCUCAAAGAAGUGAUAACAACAAAACUUCCUGCUCUAAUGCCUGACAUGAGCAAAGAGUCCAACACAGAUACAUUUUAUGAAAAACUGGACCUCAAAGACAGACCGGAUGAGAUUCUGAUUGACCAGUUCUGUCAGUGCUGUUGGGUUCAGUGUCCGUUCUGUAAAGCCACCUGCACUCAAACUGAAAACCAUGAUGGAGAUCACAGUGUUCUUUCACACAGAAUAACUGGAAUCAAUGGGCACUAUUACUAUGGAACUGAUGAACUGUGUAGAGAUUUUUGCUUCAAAGCAGUGGCAAGUAAUAAAAGUUUUAAAUCAUCAGGUAAGUGGAUACCAUAUAGAGAAUACAAAAUAGCAAGAGAAGUUCAUGAUGACUGGAUUUUGAGGCAGGUAUUAUUAGGACCUUUUCCUAUUAGGGUGUACUGGAGGUGGUUUGUGCGCAGAUUCCAAAAAGAUCUGGAAAAUUACUACGAGAAAUCCUUUGUGGAGCAGAGUUGGCUCCCAACAAUGCUGAAUACCCACUCAAAAAAUCUGGCAAUUGGUAGUUUAUGCAUAUAGGCCUUUUGGAUAUAUUCGUUAGAAACACCCUGUUAUAUUUUUUUGGAAAAAAGGCCAAAACCUUCCAGAAAUAGCAGGGUAUAGAAUUGUACUGCUUAUUAUACUGCUUUUCUUUUAUGUUUUAUUCUCCCACUAUUGAUUAAUGUUACUCAUCCAAAUGGUGUGGCUAUAAAAAUAGUUUUGAGAUGAGAGAAUGAUGCUAUGACCGUGGAUGUGAUCCAAGAUGGCAGCGCCACUGCUGUAAACAUCGGAAAAAAAUCAAACAUAAAUGCAUAAUUACAUGCAAGACAAACUUUUCUUCAGCUCCUCAUCUUUUUUAUUGUGAAUCAAAACACAAUGGACUCACAGCAACUGUGGAGAGCAUCGAAGACCUUAAAUGAUUCUUAAAACAUAACUUUUAUGGACAUAACAUCACGCCCCACACUGGUGUCAGGAGGAUUCUGCUGAAACAGAAGAAAGCACCACAACAGUAGAUAUUAGCUUACUGAUAUGGUAUGUAUCAACAAUAAACUGGCUAUUCUCACAUCAGGACUUUAAGGAAAUGAAGUCAAGUCUCAAAUUUAGCCAGCCUCAAACAGAAACGUUUCAAACACAAAACAAUGAUUUACAAACAAAGAUAUUGGCUCUAACAACACAAAUCAAUUAUCUUACCUCGGAGAAUAUCCAUGAAAGAAACCAUCCUAGACCUCCAAUGUUAAAGUAUGCAAGGAAAUUAAAUUUUCAUGGAAGUACCUGAGAUACCACAAGAAUACCCAGAAGAUGCUAUCAAAUGAUUUUAGCACUCCUCUCUGAAACUCCUCAUGACAACCAUCAACACAAUUACCUUCCACCGUUUCCCAUUGGCCAAAUUUUUUUUUUAACAUUACAAAGAUAAAGAACUAGUGAAAACCAAAAGAAAAGAACUACAAGGUAUCAAAAUUCAGGAUGAAUGACCAGUUUACCCGAGAGAUACAAGAACAAUGAAAAAGACUAAUCCCAAUAAUGGGAUUGAACAGUUGAACGAAGGAAAACGAACGAGUCUCAAAAUACAAUAUCGACAAACUGUAUGUUAAUGGGCAGCUUUACAGCGUAACUCUAUAAAUAAAUGAUUCUUGUAUACUCUACUAACUUCAUCUUUUCAACUUUUAAAUUCCAAAUCAUUAAACUACAUGAACAAAUUCCAUGCAAACAUUUGUGUGUUAUAGGAAACUCACCUAUCAGAGUCGGAACAUAAGAAACUCCAAACGGCACAAUUUACACAGAUUGUUUUUUCCAUCUCACAAUUCAAAGAAGAGGAGUAACCAUUAUAAAAAAUAUACCAGUUGUCACUAAUAAGAUGAUAACUGACACAGAAGGACAGCAUGUUAUUGUUAAUAUUACAAUUAGUAAUAAAGAUAACAAGCUAAUGUUUAUGGACCAAAAAAUGACAAUGGGAAAUUUUUCCAUACAUUUAUCUCUUGUAUCUAACUUAUAACAAUCUGCAGUAAUUAUAGGAGGAGACUUUAAUUACAGUCAUCAAUCAUGUAUCAGACAAAAUUAAUAAACAAGAUUAAACAAAAACAUGGCACUCUUCAUAAAUCAUAUAAUAAUAUAUAAUAGGUCAUGGACUUGGCGAUAACUAGAGACAGAAAAAUCUAUAAACCUAUUCAUGCAACAAGCAACUCCAUUAACUCAGUCAUACUGCAUGACACAAUUGAAUCUAUUAUCAUCUCAGACCAUGCACCACUUACUCUUAGCAUUAACCUAAAUAUCGAAAGAACCAUACACAGAUGGCGUAUGAACAUAUCAUUACCAAAAGAGCAAGAAUUCUAUUUCAGAAAAGAAUGGGAAUCUUUCCUUGAAUUAAAUGAUACACUAUAUAUCUGCAACAACACUCUGGGAGACAGCAAAGGUAUUAAUGAGAUGAAAGAUAAUAUCUCACUCCACAUAUAAGCAAAGGAAAGAAAAAAAAGAAUUAAAAAGGGAACUUGAGAAGUUGAAAAAAAUACACCGUAAGUGCACUCAAAAACAAGAUGGACAGAUAAUAACAGAGAUAAACCAAAUAAACAAUCAACGUGACAAUGUUUUAUCCCCAAAAAAUUGAAUUUCAAAAACAACGCUUCAUGUAAAAAUAUUUUGAGCAUAACGAUAAAACCGAAAAUUAUUUAGCUAAUCUGCUUAAAAGAAAUAAGGAAAAAAACAUUAUAACUGUCAUUUACAGGUCAAAAAAUUAGCAUAUUGUGAUAAAAGUUCAUUAUUUUCCAUAAUGUAAUGAUAAAACUUAAACUUUCAUAUAUUUUAGAUUCAUUGCACACCAACUGAAAUAUUUCAGGUCUUUUAUUGUUUUAAUACUGAUGAUUUUGGCAUCAUUACAUUAUGGUAAAUAAUGAACUUUUAUCACAAUAUGCUAAUUUUUUGAGAAGGACCCCUAUAGAAUUCUAAAAACAAGAUAGUUCACACAUCACAAUAAAUAAAUGAAACUUUUAGAAUAUUUGAGAACAAUUUGUGUAGUAAUAUCAACAAAAAUAACAUCACGGAUAUUCAUCAAUUUUUAAAUAAUCAGAACCUAUAUGUACCUAAAAGUCAAACUAAAAAAGAAGGAUUGGAAAAGUAACAAUGAUUUUAAGCAAGCUCUAUUCUCCCAAUCAAACAAUAAAGCCCCAGGUAUAGAUGGAUACCCACCCGAGUUUUAUAAACAUUUUUGGUCACAUUUUUUUUUUCAAUUAUUGUAUCAUUGGGCGCAGAAAAAGCUAAAGCCCCCCCCCAAAAAAAACCCAAGCGACACCCAUGAUUCCUAUACAACCAACCAGAAAUUGGUUCCAGUCAUUAAAUGUUAAGAUAAAUAAAUUUCAAAAUAAGUAUAAACACUAUACAAAAAAGUACGGAAAUGUUAGGUUUAAGGGCACCUUGUUUUUAUUUUUACUAUCAUGCAGCACAACAAUACCUUUGUAAAUGGAUAAAUGGCAACUACUCUCACAAUCCAUGGUUACAAUUGGAACAGUCCGAAUGUGAAAAUAUUUCAUCACCAGAUCUGCCUUUUAUUACCAACCCAAUUAAGCAACAAAAUCUAAACAAUAAUACAGUAAUUUGCAAAACUGUAAGUGCAUGGUGUGAUGUAAAUAAGAUAACUAAAAAUCAACCAACACCACACCUUCUAUUUCCCAUAUGGCAUUAUCCUGAUUUUACUGUUAAUAAUAGUCAGAUAAAAAAUAAAAAAAAAACAUAGGAAAAACACAGGAAUCGCACACCUGAAUCACCUUGUGACAGACAAUAAACUUGCCAACUUCCCAGUACUGAUGCAGAUACAGCCUAGGUGAAGAUCAAUGUUUUUUUUUUCUUUACCUGCAAAUAAAAAAUUAUCAAAACAAACUACGAGCUCUCAAGGAAAAGCUAAUUAAGAUUAGUACUUCAAGACAAUUACUGACUAAACUAUAUACCUUAAUAUUAUCUUCAGAUUCUUUAUAUUCAAGUCCAGUUAAGCAAUGGGAAAAAGACCAUAACAUAACUACAGAUAACAAUUUUUGGAAACAAAUUUUUAUAAAUACACUUAGUUUGGGUAGUAACACCAACAUACAACUAAUCCAGUAUAAAAUCUUGUAUAGAAUACAUUUAACACAGUACAAAGUUUAAAAUUGGUAUGGCAGAUUCUGACAGAUGUAUUCACUGCACAUUGAAUUUUUCAGAUGAUUACCUUCAUGCAUAUUGGCUCUUUCCAUCAACUACCCCAUUUUGGAGAAAUGUUACUGCUAAACUGUCGCUUUACAUGUGAGAUCUCCAUUAGAAUGUCUAAAAGGUGACCAUUCAUUCACUAAUGAAACUUACACCUGAUUGUGUAGAACCUAUGCUUCUGUCUCUAGUCAUCUCAAAAGAAGGCAAUUUUAAUCAACUGGGAAAAUUAAAUCAAAGUUUCUGUCUCACAGUGGCUACAAUUACUAACAGAUUAAUAACGAAAGACAGAUAGCCAUAUGUAAACAUAAGAUAUCUGAAUUCAAUCAAUUUGGCUACAUUGGGGGUUCUGCAGUAUAACAUUUCCAAUAGACCUUUUCAGAUUAUUAUUAUUACAUAUUCUUUUACCUUCUCUUCAAUCUUUUUACUUAAUUUUUGUGUUUAAUUAUACAUUUAUUUAUAUUUUCCUCUAUGUAUGUAUACAACUGCAUGAAUGAUGAAUGAUGAGAAUGAUGCCACAUAAGUGCAUAUGAUCUCAUAAGUGCAUAUAAUCUGCAAUUGUACAUGUAUGUGCAUGUGUAUGUAAUUUUUUAGCAGUGACUAAUACUAAUAAUACUUAUGAAUAAUAAUAUUCUUUGCAUGUGGAAAAUAAUGUUGAAGCCACUAUUCAAAACUUGGUUGUCAGAACUCUCCUCCACCCUGCAUGUCGAAAAACUUAGAUAUAAUAUUUCUGGAAAUAUAGAUUAGUUUGAUGCUUCUUCGAGGCCUCUUUUCAGUCUUGUGUUAAAAACCUCUAAUAAUGGCUAUACUAUUUGAAAUUUUAUUUUAUUUUCUUGUAAUUGCUUGCUGUCUUCUUUAACUUCUGUGUCAAUAUUAAUAUGCUCCGUUUUCUCUCUCUAAAUUUAAUUUCAAUAUUAUUUUUUUUCUUUUUCUUAGUUAUUUAUCAAAACUAAUGGCAAUGCAACACUUUUGCAGUUCUAUUUGAUGUCUGUUACUAUGGUCAUUUUCCUUAAGUAAUGCCCUUGUGAGGUCUAGGUUGUUACCUAUUAUUAUUUUAUAAUUGUUAUUAUUAAAAUAUUAUUUCACCUUG